UGGCCAUGUGCCCAGCACAGCGGCCUGUUCCAAAACGCCAUGGGGCAUGCGCAUCACAGGGACACUCCUGGUGGCCCAGGCAUGCCACUAUGGUUUCGGCCGUGGAGCUCCGGUCGUGGCUUGGGGAGAUCCAGAAUGCUGGAGUGACUGGCAGAUUUAUGAAGCCUGCUGCUUCCCGAUGGUGGAUCCAACGGAAGGCUCAAGGCCGCACUACAUGUCCUGGCCGCCCUGUUGGGACCCUCAAAACGUGGCCAAUGCCGCCCGCAAAGCAGAGCGCAACGCCUCCCAGUGCUGUCGUCCCUUCCGUGACGGAUUCUUUCAGGUGGACCGCAAAGCGCCGCCGCCGGUGAAAGAGCUCUUCCAGGGCUGUCAGGAUCUUCGGUGGCAGCAUUUCCUCUUCAAGCUACGUAUCUCAGGAGGAGCGAUGUGGUCAGUGAACCACGAGACGACGAGCUGGUUCCAAUUCUUUGACUUUGGGUCCGAUCACCCGACUUUCUCUCAGGAGGUCGACCCGCAGCAGUUCACGAAGCAUGGCCAUCUUCGACCACACUGGGCACGUGGAUGUCGUCUUGGCAUGGCCAUCUUCGAGGUCCUCUCGCACUAUUUGACCUCGGGAAGAUUGACACCUUUGCCUCCCAAGCCAUUGCACUUCCUUCGCAAGGAGCAGCGGUGGCCUGUUCGCUGCCCUGGGCAUUUCAGGAGGUCAACUGGAGUACCUCAGGGUCCUUUGGGAACUCCAGAACUUCCAUUUUGCCUCGACAGCUCCCAGGCCAUCGUCUUGGGCAUCUUCCUCUGCCUUGGCCGCUUUAGCCUUUGACUUCGGUGCUUCUCAGGGAGUCGACUCAGAGAUGAUGCUGCUGGCUGGCCUGCAGGUGGUGGCAGUGGAAGGCAAUCCUGAGGCCCUGCAUUUUUUUGAGCAGCGCUUGCAUCGCUAUGGCGAUGAUUUCCUGCGUUUACGGCUGCAGGCGAUCAACGCGGCUACAGGUGCAUUCUCUGCACCGCCUGUGGCGAUCUUCCAGGUGAACCACCAUGAUCCAGAGACCUCGGGUGUGAUGGAUGCUUCGAGCGCAGAAGGCAAGAGUCCUGCAAGUGUGAGGUUUGGCGUGCUUGACCCUCUCGAAAUGGGUGGCACGCCUUUGCCCGAUGCGACGACGGUGCCGGUGUCGCGCGUCUCCUGCGGCGCCCUCUACCGCGCGUGGACGCCGUCCAACGUCGCUGCGGAGUAUGCGAAGAUCGACUUGGAAGGCUCCGACCUGGAUUGCCUUGGCAGCCUUUUGCGGAACUCCUCGAAGCUACCACGCUUCGUGUCGAUGGAGGUGAAUUUGGUGGAGGUCAAGGGGAAGCUCAUUAAAGAGGAGACGAUGAAGCUGGCCAUUGAGCUUCUCAGCAUGCUGCAGGGCUCCUAUUGCGAGGCCAAGCUUUGCCGGCAGCAUCUCUACAAUCUCCGCCAGGUUCCAGGACGCGGCUUAGCAUCGCGCUUGGGGUGGGGUGCCAGUGGACCAUGGGGUGACCAGGCGGUGGAUUGGCGACGGGGAGAGCAUUGGGCACCUUUGGAGCUGGUCUUGUCUGAGCUUUUUGCUGCCAGCGUGCUCUCCAAGAUCUCUCGUGAGUGGUUUGAUCUUCAUUUGCGUCGUUGCUGAGGCGUUCCCCUCGAGGGCGGAAGUUGUCGAGUUUGGGUGGAC